AUGAACGAAUCUCAUAAUCAACUCCCUGUUCAAAUAGCAAACCCUACGCUGUUUGACAGUCGGGGAUUCAUUGCAGGCAAGUGGAGAUGUGCAGCUUCAAAUAAGACGUUUGCUGUCAUCGAGCCUUCCUCUGGUCAGAUUCUUGCCCAUUGUGCAGACUUUUCUCAGCAAGAGUUUGUCGAAGCCAUUGAAGAAGCCGAUCGUGGAUUUCGAGAAUAUUUCCUUCACACCAAUGCGAAGCAAAGAAGCUCACUUCUGCGCAAAUGGAACGACCUUAUCUUGCAGAAUGUUGAUGAUCUUGCGACGAUACUCUCUCUAGAGAAUGGUAAAACAUUGGCAGAGGCAAAGGGCGAGGUCACAUAUGCAGCAUCUUUUGUUUCCUGGUUUGCCGAAGAAGCAGUUCGAUCAUAUGGGGACGUCAUCCCAUCUUCUUACCAGAACACGACAGCUUUGACUUUCAAGGAGCCAGUUGGUGUAUGCGGUAUUAUCACACCGUGGAACUUCCCUGCGGCUAUGAUUACUCGCAAGAUCGCACCGGCAUUUGCGGCAGGCUGCUCCGUUGUCAUCAAGCCUCCGAGUGAAACACCAUUUACUGCAAUCGCAUUGGUCCGGCUUGCUCUCGAAGCGGGUUUUCCGCCUGAUAUCGUGAACGUUGUACCGACCAAAGAUCGCAAUGCUUCUUUGGAGCUGGCCACACACCCCAAGGUCAAAAAGAUAAGUUUUACUGGCUCGACGAACGUUGGCAAAAUGCUCACCAAGCUUGCUGCUGGUACAAUAAAGCGUGUUAGCAUGGAGCUUGGUGGGAAUGCACCUUUCAUUGUGUUCAAUGAUGCAGACGUCGAAAAGGCUAUUGAAGGAGCCUUGAUUUGUAAAUUCCGCUCUUCUGGUCAGACAUGUGUUUGUGCCAAUCGGCUUUAUGUGCAUGAGAAUGUUUUGGAGGAGUUUACUCAGGGACUGAUCCGUCGAGUCCAAUCAUUCAAGUUGGGGCGUGGAAUCGACAAAGGGGUCACGCAUGGCCCUCUUGUCAACUCUGCCGCUGUGGACAAAGUCAAAAACCAUGUGCAGGAUGCUAUCCAGAAGGGAGGUCAGCUGCGAUAUGGUGGUGAUGUACCAGCUGAUACUCCCCCCGCCAUUUUCUCAUUCUCAUCAGAAGAUGAGGUCAUCGAAAUGGCUAACGACACCGAGUUUGGCCUGGCCGGUUACUUUUUCAGUGAGAACAUUAAUCGCGUUCUUCGAGUUGCGCAGCGGCUGGAAUGCGGUAUGAUUGGCGUGAAUACCGGGUUGAUCAGCGCAGUCGAAACCCCCUUUGGAGGAGUGAAGGAGAGUGGCAUUGGACGAGAAGGAAGCAAAUAUGGGCUCGGCGAAUAUCAAAACAUUAAGGCCGUGACUAUUGGAGGUUCAUCUGCUUAG